AUGGGCCAAGGGGAGCUUGGGAACCUGUGGCAGAGGGCGGGCGAGUACGGGCUCAUGUUCCUUCUUGCGAUGGGAAUGAUGUUUGUGCUGCUGCUGGCAAACGGGAACGCGCAGUUCGGCCACGGCCGCAUCAUGCAGCCGCCGUGGCCCCAGUCGCGCCAGGACGUGCCUGGCUGGGCAGCCCUGCACAUGUCCUACAUAGACAAAAUAGCCCAGGCCAGUGCCGGCCAGGGGCUGGAUGUGUUGAUGUAUGGGGACACGCUGGUGGAGGCUUGGAGGGGUACGUUCCUGGGGGAGCCAUCACUGCGGGCUCAGGGCUGCGCAGACAUCUUCCACAACCAGUUUGGGCUCAAGUACCGCGCAGCAGCUCUCGGCAUAGCAGGGGACACCACGGCUAACAUGAUGUGGAGGCUGCAGAACGGGGAGGUGGUGCCAGGGCUGCAGGCUGGUGCAGUGGUGCUGCACAUCGGCUUCAGUGACCUCACCUAUGCCUCAUUCCAGGGUGACGAGCACAUAAACAGCGCGGCGAACACAACGGCGGUAAGGGCGGCGCGCAUCGCGGAUUACCUGUCUCAAGCGCUGCCGGGGACCACGGUGUUGAUUCUGGGGCUGCUGCCCAGGGGAGAUGUCACGCUGCACCCUGACCCUGCCGCCUUCGCCCUGCCCAGCAAGUUCUCGGCGGCGGUGGCCAAGAUCAACGCGUACUUGGCGUCGUUCGCGGAGUCGCACUCUUCGCGCAAGCAUGUGCGCUUUGUAGACUGUGGCGCGCACUUCCUGGCCGAGGAUGAGUCACGCCUCGACGAUGAGCUGCUGCCCGACGGUGUCCAGCCAAAUGCAGCAGGCAUGGAUGCACUUGCGCAGUGCCUUCUGCCGGCCAUAGAGGACAUCCGCGCGCACCAAAGAUGA